AUGUUUCUAGGAGCAAACUGGUUGCUCAGACGUUUGAGAGGGAAGUGCAGGGAAAAGGGCAACGCAGCUGCCUGGAGGUUGUUUAUUUCCCAGCGUUUCUCGAGACUCUGGUCCUAUCUCUGGCAGCCGCCGUUCUCCCUCUUCAGUCCCUUCCAUUUCUCCCCCAGCCCACUUACCACCUGGGCACCUGGGCACCUGGUGUGGCUACUCCUGGCGUGGCUCUGGGAGCCCUCUACCUGCUCCUGGGCCAUACAGCAACACGGGGCCCCUGGAGACCCACUUCUGCAGCCAAGGCAAGAGCCAGCUCCGUACCCCCAAAACGUGUCUGGAUCUGGCAACUUCUCGGCGUCGCUCUUUACAGAGGAACCUCUAACCCGCCUAAGGCAACAGGACUGCGCCCCGAAAGGGACCCACUGGGGAGAAGGGAGAAGGUCGUGGAGGAGACAGCUUCACACGGGGCGGCCAAGAGGUUCCGAGCGCAAGGGCCGCCGCGCGAGAAGGCCGCGCCCACCCCAGCCUGACUCGGCCUCAGGAGUUCGGCCGUCAGGGAGGAGCGAGGCGCCCACGCCUGGGCUCCAAGCUCCUCUCGGGCCCGGGGUGCCCGGGUGUGUGGUGCGCAGGGCGAUUUCCGAGUUAAAGCUGCGCGUUGCUCUGGGUCCCCGUCUCCCCACAGCGAGCUGCAGCCAGAACGAGGUCUGGAAGGGCCGAGUAUCCGUCCCACCCCAGGACGCUUCGUGCUGCAGGACAGCCCCAGAAAACCACCAGAGGACGAGGCACGCAAGGAAAGCUCUGGUUUUAACCAUGGGCAACCACUCCCUUUCCCAACCCCAUCCAGACGCCACCUCAGACCACAGGGACAGGACAGGCACAGGAAAGGUGGACUUGGGCAGCAAAGAGAGCAGAACAGAGAGGUCUCUGAGGAGAGUGGCUUGCAGGGAGCUGUCGAAGGUUAAUGCUCCCACCCUGCCAAGCUCUGAAACUGCCCUCCCAGUUCAGCAGUCCCAGAUCUGCUUCCUCAACACCCCCGCCCCAACUUCUAGAUCUCUAAGCUAGAGAGAGUCUUGCCAGUCUGAGGAGAGCGAUUCCACAGUCCACGUCCUUUAGGACAGGGUCGAGCCUGAAUCCUGGACCGGUGAGCCCGUCCCUAGGUUAGUGUGGACCCAGAGCCGAUGAACCGCCUCCGCCCAAACAGGAGACCAGCC